UUAUUUUUUUUUGUGAUCGGUUAAUUUUAUACGUGCCUAAUGUCGGAGGUAUUCUGAAGUCGAGCAGUUUCGCAAUCCGCCGCCGCGCGUAUGAACGCAACGCUUUUUUCCGACGCUCGGAUUCGUCGAUUUCAUGCUAUAAGUUUUGUUUUCCUACGCAUUUAAGUCGCGCGCGCGUAGAUUUCGUAGCCGCGGCGUUUUUCCGAGGUGUUUGCUUGCCAAAAACGCAGCGUCGAUCGGCGUACGGACUUAGAUGCGCAGACCGUAUGAAGCUUUCCAAAGCUUUUCAGUACGCGACCGAUUGUACGAGCAAUCGGUGUGCGUGCGUUGUUAUACGAACGAGAAUUUGAAACGCGCAACAUUUGUCGAAUGAGAAUAUUAACUCAAACGAGUGAUUUACGAGUGAAACGAUCCAUCUGGAUAAGCGAUACGAGUUUUAAGAGAAGAAGGAUUAAGUGACGGAGAAAUAAUUGAACGAGUGUGCAAUUAUUGUUUAAAUAUCAGUGCAGUUUUUAACAGUUUUAAAGUGCAAAUAACGAAGAGAGCAACAAACACAAGGAUUGCAAGCUUGAUGUAGUGCACGAGCUAUUUAUAUACAUCAUAGCGUUACAUUACGAAAUAUUGCCAACUACAUAUUGCGCGUUCACAUUACGACGACAUUGAUUUCGGACCACUUUCAUCAUUUCCACCUAGCUCUCGGGACUCAGGUUAACGCAAAACUUGCAACAUCGUGAACGCACCUGUAGUGCAAACCGAAUCGUCCGACCAGUGGCCGCUUUACGCAUACUUUAAAUAGGUCAUCACGAUUUCGCUCUCUGGGUGUGACUUACAUUUACAUUCCCGUCGUCACAAUUAAGUCAGUGAACUCUACUAAAGUACGGAUAAUUAUGUAAUCGAAGUGCAGCACCCAUCGAAGAAAAUGUUUGGGUCUAAAACGGCUUCAUCAGCAGGGACAGAUCCUUCUCAACAAUGGACUGUCCACGCUCAGUUUACAAUAAGUCAUGAUGGCGUCACGGAGACUACAAGCACGCCUCAGGCUCACACCGAACAAGAUGAAAACGGUGUGCGAAUGGUAUACACAUGGUCCUCGCAGGAUUCUCCACCACAGAAGGAACAUGAAUCAAGUUAUGGUUUUCAGAAGGGUAACAUGAUUUUUACUUCGUCGCCACCGGUUUCUCGCGAUAAUACCAAAGGUCCUGGCAUGGACUCGUCCGGGUACGGUAGUGAAAUUUCUCCCAAUAGUAAUUAUGUACAUGGGAGAUUACCUCUUGACGCACUACGAGAACAAAACCUUCAGAAUAGACGUUGCAGGAGCACAUGUAGUAUAGUACUUUCCACGAAUGUAGUGGAAUUGAAGCCUUCGCAAGAUGAUUCAGAGGCCCACAGUCAGGGGAGCACUUCGCGCACGCAUAGCCUGCGCUGCCAAACGCCCACGCUCAGGUGCGAGCAGCGUAAAUGCGGCAAAGACGCCUACUACGGCUGUGGGGAUCCCUGGUGCUACCAUUCCAAUUAUGGCGAGGAUUUGCGGUUUUCACCGGUGCCUGAAAGCGAAGAGUACGUCAGCAAACGGCCUUCCAGGGCUAGCACUUUUAAUGUGAGAGAUAAUGAACGCUCUAGGAGUUCGCCACCGAGAAUGGAAAAGUCGCGGGAUGCGGCCGUUCAAACCUACGAAAUGAUCGACAAGAGCACUUCUCCGUUUCUACGCAUGGAUAGUUUUGAUUUCAAAAACGCCAAAGCAAACAACAACAAAGAUUACAGGGAAAGAAAUUUAAAGAAACGUGGCGCAUAUAAUGUUCGUCGUAGAACUGAACCAGUUUUUCAACGUGGGAAUGAAUCUUCUGCUUCGUCUUUUACACCGGACAGCUUGAAUUCAUCCCGGAUGACGGCACCUAAACGUAUUGUAAGAAACCCACCAGUUCAAGCACCGCUCAAAACGCCGGUAACUCCAAAAGAAAUGAAAAAUUCGAAUACUUCGGCUUCUAGUGAUCCCAACAAGAAACCACGCACCGUACAUAUAGAUGUUUAUUGCACUGGAACUGAAGUGGAUUCUGAUUCUUCCUCUAGUUCAUCAAACUGCAGUGAUGAAAAGACUGGAUCAUCUCCGCAGACUGUGUUUGAGUCUGGGAAGGUGCGCAUCACCCACAAGCGCUCCGAAGACAAUUUGCCAUUUCAUAUGAAACAAAAUUCCGCUUCUAGCAGCGAAAAGUUGACAAAGUCAACAGCUCCGCCGCUGGCGGAACCGGAGGAAAUCAAUGAUGGAUUGAGUAGUGGUUAUCCUUCGAGAAGUUCCUUUUCUGGAAUGCGCGACUCGCGUGAUUUCGCUUCAAGUUUUUGCUCGUCCGUUCCGCCAUCUUGGUCUACCAUGUCUGUUUCCGUACCGGAUGUACCUGAUGAUACAUCCUGGAAAGACACAUAUUCUGAUUUAGGCAGUUGGAGUCGAUCAAGUCUGGCUCAAACUGAUAGUUUAGAUUUUGUACCCAGAAAAUUGACAUCGUUAACUAAUCAACUAAACGCGACCAGAUCGAGUAUAGACGAACAGCCCGAAAUUGAUUUGUUGAAGACACCCAGUGUUCAAAUGAGCGAUAGUUUUGAAUAUGCCGAUUCGGAAGAUAAGUCUAGGAUUCUUCAAAUGGAGAAUAUUUGGCAGAAUCAGAAGCAAAAACAAUGGCGGUCGCCUCAGGAAGAACGCAAACAGCAUUUGCAACAACAAAAGAUGCGGGAAUACUUUGAAAAGCGCUUGGGAACUGACCAGCAAGCUAGUAAUUCUGAUUCUGAUUACUCGGACGCAGGUUCCGAAAAGGGAUGGAGUUUUAUUAAUGACAAAGCGGUACCUCGACGUCCACAAGAUAUAAAGAAGAAAUUAAUUGAGGAUACCAAUAAUAACAUGGAAACCGGAAACAAAUCUAAUUAUUUUAAUCAGAAUAGAACAAGUAAUGACCAGAAUCCCAUGCGUGGUGCCUUACUGGUUGAUGAAGCUUCUAGGAUGGUUACCGCUUGCAAAUCUCCAAGUAUCCUAAUUGUAAACAAGAAAAUGUCCGCCAAUCCAGCGCUAAGGGCUCCAUUUACUAUUCUUCCUGGCGUGUUCACGGAGCAACGUGAAAUUGCACGAAAGUUUGGUCGAAUUGUGGACGUGUUUAAGAAGCCGGGACAUCACAUUGGUCCAGCGAAAAAUCCUGACUGCACGUGCGAUCACUGUCGCGAGUAUUUUGCACGAUUUGGUUCGCGAUCGCGCGCCCGGUCCGUAGACAGUCACAGCAACUUUUUCAAUUGGAAAGGUGCGGGGCGCGGGUCGGUCCCGCCAGAGGAACGAACAUUGCCGGACAAGGAGGGCAAUAGAAGUGUCACGUGUCUAGGUUAUUCGGACUUUUAAUUACUUGCAAUGUUCUCUUUUCAUAAUUGUGCACUUUUCUUUUACGUUCUCUUACCACUUGUACCAAAAUGUGCGUGAAACUAAAUACCUCACAAAAA